AUGAAGCUAAAGGUUGUUAAUCUCUGGUGUAAACGCUACUACAAGAAGAACAAGAAACUGCUCUAUAAAUUUCCUCGUACUUUCAUUGAGAAGGAAGACGCUGUGAUAAUCAUAGUAUGCUGCUACCUUGAGAAGAUCAGAACGAAGCUUAUCUGCAAAGGUGGUAAUACCAUCAAGAGUAUCGAGGUUAUACCACCCGAGAAGCCACAGCCACCGCCACCUCCAGUACCAAGGUAUUUAGCAUUCAUCUAUCCAAUUGGAGUGUGUUGUAAGUCAUGCUGUGAGGGAUGUGGUGGUGGCUCCUGCCACCAUGGAUAUGGGAUUCCGCACCAACCACCAUCUUAUGAUGGAUAUGUAAGGUUAGUGCCAUCAUAUGGUCCCAACCUGGAAGAUGCCCUUUUGAUGAAGGAAUGA